CUUAAACAACGCGAAAGGAGGACAAAGAAGUCGAUCGAUUUAUACUAGUAAGCGACAAAGGCAUUGGAUAUUGGAUAAAGGUCGUUACCAAAUACCAGGAGUUUUAACUACUAGGUCAGUCCAGGUGUCUGGAUCAAAUCUAGUUUGAGGUUAGAAGGGUGGGGGCUGGAGUCAGUCCUUAUCUACUUUUCUUUCAGUUUACUACCACGUAACAAGAAAUUUUCGGCCUUGAAAUUCGCUCAAAUAAUUUGAACUGUACCCAGCAAGUUUCAUAGAUUCCAUAUUCGGAAAGAAAUGGUUUCCCUCGACGUCCCUCUCCCAACUAUUGAGGAAUUGACAGUCCCAGAACUAAAGAUAUCAAAGUGUCCACUGCUGGCCGCAAGCAUUCAUUUAGGGAAGUUUUGUGACAAUGAGUCCAAGGAAUUCAUGCUUUGCCAUUAUGAAACACAUGACCCAAGAGCUUGUCUUGGAGAGGGAAAGGCUCUUACCAGUUGCGCCCAAACGUUUUUCAAACAGAUUAAACGGCAUUGUGAAGAUGAAUUUCGCAAUUACUUUACCUGCCUUCAUAAGUAUGGAGGGCCGGCUUACAGCCUAACAAAAUGCCGCGUAGCUCAGUAUCCUUUUGAUGAAUGUAUAAAAACUCACCUCAAUCAAGAACGCCCGAAAACGGAUUACUUUAAUGUUGUUCGUCUUCACAAAACGAAUCGGCCUAGAUAUGAACCUGGAUUAGCUCCAAUGCCCGAAAGAAUUCCAGAUUUGCCUAACUUGGAUCAUUUUGAAGAGCCUGAACGUAUAAAGCACAGAGAAAAAAUGAACGAACUAUUAACUUAAACUUAUACAAUGACGCAACAAAAUACAACAUCUGGUUACUGUCAAGUAUAUAUAAAUAUAGUCAUUUUAGCUUAGUAAUAUUUAACAUUCUAAAACUUGUUAAUUCAAUUUGUAAAAAUCAAAAUAGUCUAUCAAAA